UAAGCAAAUAUCCCGUGGCUUCGGUGGCCGAGGGCUCGGUCUGGCACAGCGUCGGUAACCACCGAAACUCAUCCGCUACCUACCUACAUACCUUACGAUAGAUAAUAUGGGAUUCUUCAAUUCAGUUCUUCUUCUUCCAACGGUUAGCCAAUGGAGACAACUAUACAAAAUCUCAUAGAUCCGCUUAGGGCGGCGUCGGCGCACCUCGCCGGUCCCGAUGGAGCUGAGCUACUAGCCGAGCUACACGACACGGAGAAGCUCCCUGACCCGAAACUAUCGCGGCUGGUAUCAGAAGCAUUGGACUUGCUUGCGGAAGUACGUCUCUUGCUAGAACCCCGCCAGCUAAUCCUCGCCGAUCACUUUAUGGGAUACAUGAACACGAAAGCGCUCUGCGCAGCCGUCGAACUCAAUAUUCCUGACAUCCUACGAAGUAGUCCGAAGACAUUACCGGAACUAGCCAUCGCAUGCGGCGCGCGCGCUGACCGUCUGGGACAAGUGAUGCGGACUCUGCGCAACAACGGUAUCUUCAGCUUCGACGCGGAAACAGAAACGUACCGAAACAACACGACCUCGGCGCUGCUCCUAAGCGACCACUGGACCCAAUGGCGAAACUGGGUCGACUUAUACGGCAACGAGUUCUACGACAUGGCGCGCGGGAUCCCGGCCUCCUGCAAGCGCGACGCCGUGCGCUCUCCCGCCCAGAUAAACUUCGAUACCGACGAUUCCAUGUUCAAGUACUUCACCGACCGCGGCUGGGUCCCCAAAUUCCACAAGACCCUAAGCGGUGGCGCGACCGCCCAAGCCCCCGGCAUCCUGGCCGAUUACCCCUGGGAAGAGCUGGCCGGGACCACGGUCAUGGAUAUCGGCGGGGGCGGCGGGGGACUGAUCGCGCUGCUGCUGCGCGGGAACAAGGGUUUGAAUGGAGCUAUCUUAGAAGCGCCCCAGGUGAUCGAGCAAGCGCACGCCAAUUUCCACGGCCCCGAGGGUCAGUAUUCGGAUGUGGCGACGCAGAUCCCGGCUGAGAAUCUGGUUGCGGGGGAUUUCUUCGAUAGAGUGCCGGAAAGCGACGUUUACGUGAUGAAAUGGUGUCUACACGAUUGGGACGAUGAUAAGGCGCGAGUCAUCCUAAAGAAUAUCCGCGCGUCGUUGAAGGAAAGCGCUGUGAGUCGGCUCGUUAUUCUUGAGUCUGUGCUGAGAGACGGCCACAUGGGGCGGAUGUCGAGAUACGCCGAUUUGAACAUGAUGGUGGCUGUAGGCGGCAAGGAGAGGGGAGAGGAUGAGUGGAGGAGGUUGGCGGAGCAGACGGGGUGGUCGUUGAGAAAGAUCUACCCGCUUCGUAAUGCUUGGCCCUCCGCCAUCGAGUUCGUUCCCACCUGGCCUGCUCUUGUUCCGCAGCUCGGACUCGAAAAGGUCGUCGCUCAAAUGCGCUUCCUCGAACCAUGGGAUGGCGCGAAAGGAAAUCCGUAUAUCCGAGUCACUCCCGCGCCAGGGUUCGACCGCCAGAAUUUCAAUUGGGAGGAUCACCCUGUCAUUAUUCAAGAUUCACGGCCGAAUAAAGGGGAGUUUUCCCUUGACACACAUGGUUUCGCCUACAUUGACGACGAGAUCCCCGAUGUUCUUGUUGGCGCCCUUCGCGGUGACGACAAAGGGGUCGUGAGAGCAUUGUAUUACCCACACAUCGAGGAAUUCGUCAAGAGGAUUACGGGAGCGCCUAGGGUUGUCAUCUUUGACCAUACGCUACGUAAGAGGAGGCCUGCGCUUGAUAAGAUGCGGAAUGAUGAUAAGAAGGAGCAGCCGGCUAUGAUGGUUCAUGUGGAUCAGUCUGAAAAGGGGGCUCUACGGCGCGUCGAGAAUAACCUUUCGGAAGGGGAGGAUCUCGACGAUUUAUUACAGAAGCACCGUGUUCAGUUAAUCAAUAUUUGGCGCCCCCUAAAUGGACCUGUUCUGGAUACCCCCUUGGCAUGUAUGGACUACCGAACUAUCGGGCCGUCUGCCAUGCACCAAUGCGAUCUUUUGGCCGGCAAGGAUGAAGUGCGCGGUCACACGGCGACAUUCACGCAUUCCGAUAAGCAGAAAUGGUACUAUUUGAAUAGACACCGUACUGAUGAAGUUACACUCAUAAAGAUCUGGGAUAAUAAAACGGACGGAGUCAGCAGAUGUUGUGCACAUACGGCUUUUACUCAUCCGGAUACACCGCUGGAUGUUGAGCCGAGAGAAAGUGUGGAGGUUAGAUGUAUUGUUAUCUACGAUUCCUAGGAGCGACUGUCAUUUUCUUAGUCCUGGCCCUCACAAGCCAGUUAUACCUCCCCGGAAAAUGUAAAAUUUUGUUAGAAAUAGAGAACUGG